AGCUAUUCCGCUUAUUCUAAACGAAGACACUGCCUGAGGCGUGAGAGUUAGGUGUCUUAUCUCUGUGUGUCUUCACGGAGGUUGACCUAAGGAGGCAGCGACUGAGGGCGUGCCCGAUCGGGAGGGCUGCAGAUGGGGGCAAAGCUUUGCGCUCAACCCCCUCCGGCAUUAUUUCUUUUGGAGGCUCUGGGAGCUAAAUGGAGAAAGAAGGAGGUGUGACUGCACUCUGACGAAGGCUUCUUUUAGUGUGUCGGUAGAACUCUGCACAUGAGCAGAGGAUUGCUACAGUGUCCAGAGGGACAGAGUGCGAGGGAAGACGCGACAGAAAGUGCCAAAUCCUCACGCUGUGGCAGAAGAGAGAGAGGGAGGGUGAAGGGCUCGCGGAACAGCUCCCGUGCCUGUUGACCUGCUUGCUCGCCUGCAUGGCACGACCUCCGCCUGGAGCAAGGGGGGACUCCUGAAGAGCGUGACCCACGCUGGACGAGACCCAGGCUGCUGCACCCGCCGUCCAGCUGCGCUAGCCCCAGGCAGCAUGUCGUCCGGAGAGCUGAGCGCCCCGGAGCUCGACCCCUGCAUCCGCACAUUUAAGGAGCACAUGCACCUGGAGCUGGAGCCACCGCGGCUGAGCGCGGGAGGCAAGCACAUCUCGUCCCCCAAGAUGUCCCCGCGUAGCUCGCCACGCCUGUUUCGCAAACUCAUGGUGAACAAGGGCAGCCGCCACCGACGACGGUUCACCGUCGCACACACCUGUUUUGACGUCGAGAAUGGGCCGUCGGCCGGAUGCAGUCCCCUGGACCCCCAGACGUCGCCCGGCUCAGGGCUGGUCCUGCAUACCAACUUCCCCUGCCACAGCCAGCGACGAGAGUCCUUCCUCUACCGCUCCGACAGCGACUAUGACCUCUCGCCAAAGUCCAUGUCGCGCAACUCAUCUGUGGCCUCGGAGCUGCAUGGAGAUGACCUCAUCGUCACACCGUUUGCGCAGGUUCUCGCUAGUCUUCGAAGUGUGAGAAACAAUUUCAUCGUCUUGACCAAUGUACAGAGUACAUCAAACAAGAGAUCGCCUGCCACGACUCAGCCAUCCAUCACCAGAGUCUGCCUCUCUGACGACUCCUACCAGAAACUGGCCAUGGAGACCAUGGAGGAGCUGGACUGGUGCCUGGACCAGCUGGAGACCAUCCAGACAUACCGUUCCGUCAGCGAUAUGGCCUCCAACAAGUUCAAGAGGAUGUUGAACAGGGAGCUGACGCACCUUUCCGAGAUGAGCAGAUCUGGCAACCAGGUGUCAGAGUUCAUUUCCAACACUUUCCUAGACAAACAGAAUGAGGUGGAGAUCCCACCACCCACACCGAAGGCUCGGGAAAAGAAGAAGAGGCAACAGCUGAUGACUCAGAUCAGCGGCGUGAAGAAGGUGUCUCACGGGCCCAGCCUGAACAGCGGCAUCACCCGCUUCGGCAUCAAAACCGACAAGGAGGAUUUGCUGUCGAAGGAACUGGAAGACCUGAAUAAGUGGGGCCUGAACAUAUUUACCGUGUCCGAAUAUUCCAACAACCGCCCUCUGACGUGCAUCAUGUACGCCAUCUUCCAGGAACGAGACCUGCUGAAGACGUUUAAGAUCCCGGCCGACACAUUCGUGACGUAUAUGAUGACUCUGGAGGAUCACUACCACUCGGAUGUGGCCUACCACAACAGCCUGCAUGCUGCAGACGUGGCUCAGUCCACACACAUCCUUCUGUCAACACCUGCACUGGAUGCCGUCUUCACUGAUCUGGAGAUCCUGGCUGCCAUUUUCGCAGCAGCCAUUCACGACGUAGACCACCCAGGCGUUUCCAAUCAGUUCCUCAUCAACACAAACUCUGAGCUGGCCCUCAUGUACAAUGAUGAGUCAGUACUGGAGAACCACCACCUCGCUGUGGGAUUCAAGCUCCUCCAGGAGGAAAACUGUGACAUCUUCCAGAACCUCACUAAGAAACAGAGGCAAUCACUCAGGAAGAUGGUCAUUGACAUGGUACUUGCCACAGAUAUGUCUAAGCACAUGAGCUUACUGGCUGAUCUAAAGACUAUGGUGGAGACGAAGAAGGUUACCAGCUCGGGAGUGUUGCUCCUGGAUAACUACACAGACAGGAUACAGGUUCUUCGGAAUAUGGUGCACUGUGCUGAUCUGAGCAACCCCACCAAGUCUCUGGAGCUGUACAGACAGUGGACAGACCGCAUCAUGGAGGAGUUCUUCCACCAAGGUGACCGCGAGAGAGAGCGUGGGAUGGAGAUCAGUCCCAUGUGUGACAAACAUACGGCCUCAGUAGAGAAAUCACAGGUUGGUUUUAUUGACUACAUCGUCCAUCCGUUAUGGGAAACCUGGGCCGACUUGGUGCACCCGGAUGCUCAGGACAUCCUGGACACUUUGGAGGACAAUCGGAACUGGUACCAGAGCAUGAUCCCACAGAGCCCCUCACCACCCUUCUACCAGCCUGACAAGGAAGGCCACCUCGGGGGGCCAGGGGCUGACAAAUUCCAGUUCGAACUCACUCUGGAGGAAGAGGACUCGGAAGGCACAGAAAAAGAUGAACAGAGUCAAGGAGAUGAGGAAGAGGAGGACGAAGCAGAAGUGGAAGAUCAGGCGGAAGAGAUGGAGCCAGCCACAACGCACAUCCAGAUCGUCACUCAUGACGCUUCCCCUGUGGACACAUAGGACAUCGUGCGCCCCGCAUUAGUGGGUAGUAACCUUCGUUUUUCUCCUUGCAAUCUUGCAUUCGAUGCUUUUUACCAGAGCCCAGAGAGGGAGCUUUUUUUAGCCCUCGCAGUAAGAGGAGGCCUGGUCCUCCUUGGCACGUGUGCUUGGAGCCAGCGUGGUUGGAGCUCUCAGGAAAUAACUGCUGCAGACAUUUUGGAGAUGAGUGAUGGACAGGUAAUUCCUGAAGGAAAGGGGCCAUCUGCAGACCUUUGGACUCAUCUUGCGGGCCAGCGGUCGAGGAGUUGACACUACUGAGAGGAUCGGAGGGGUUUUUUGUACCAAGUGACUUUUUUUCUAAAGCUAUUGGGAUAAGUUGGGGUAGUGAACGAACUACUGAUGAACAAGUAUUUGUAAAGAAAGAAACUAUUUACUUUUCUGUACCAUUUGUCUAAAGACUUUGUGUGCCUUUUUUACUAUUGUCUUUUUAAUAGUAUUUUUUAUUUAUUGAACAUACUUUAGUAUAACUGUACAUGAAGAUGUUUUUGUUUUCUAAAGGCAAAUCAGACAGCUUACAUGCAGAAUCAUUUUAUAUAAACCGAAGAGAGAACUCAGCGUCUUCCUUUAUAUUUGGCAAUAUAACUAAAUAAUCCAAAUGUCUGACAUAUGUUCAGAAAACUUAGAAAUGUAGUUUCCAAUGAAAGAUGCACUUUGUCAUUUUAGAAAAAAAUUUGUCUGAUUCUUUUUUUUAUGUACUACAAGCAUGUUGUGUAGUCCCACCCAGUUCACAGUAAGCUUAGUAAAAGCAUAAACCCAUUACAAGGCCAUGAUUUCAAAUGAGACAAAUCUAGAUGUAACUGGCAAGUGAGCAGUGAUUUUGCUACGAAAGUGUCAUUGGUUUUCACAAAAGAAUCUGAAACUACAUUGAAUUCCAGAACUUGGUGCUGGACUUCCUUCUUGUCCAGCAUUCUUUUAACCUAAAUAACAGUUUGGAAAGUAAUCUCUACCUGUCUCUGCCCUCACUCACACCCAAUGCUCCCCUUGACAGAAGCUAUGAGGGUUAAAUUAGGUUUUGUGGCCUAACGAUGUUUUUGAUUCACAUCAAGGGUGGCUACAGAAAACGUUUGGCUGACCCAAUUUGACUCAACAAACAUUCUUUGUAUUUAGCUAGAAGACAAGGUUUUUAAAAUCCUUCAUCCUGAAGUUAUCAGUCGGAGGACUUUGUGUCCCCUUCACUGAAUACAUUUCCUAGGGUUUCAGUUCUCAUGAUUUGAUUUUAAGACAUUGUCAUGUGAGUCUCAAUAGGAGACUUGGUGAAUGUUGCUUUUGAUGUCUCAGAAAUAUAUCCCUCCAGUUCUACAUCUCUGAAGCCCAAUACUAUUUAAAGCAUAAGGAUAAUUUACCAUUGCAUUAGACCACGUUCAAAUAUUUUUCAUUUGUUUUAUACACUUAAAUAUCCAUUGUUGUCCAUUUUACCAGAUCUAAGUCUAUUAGGUAUAGUAUAUAGCCAAAGUAGCAUGAAAAAGUGGGUGCGUGUGUGUGUGUGUGUGUGUGUGUGUGUGUGUGUGUGUGUGUGUGUGUGUGUGUGUGAUGAUCUCAAUUCUUUUCUCUCAUCUGUCCAUGCCUUUACACCCAAUGUCUAUGUUUGAUUUUAGUUUAAGGCAGUCCUUUGCUGUUUGUAAUAGUGUAUUUAUUACCUUUGACUGUACAUAAGGAAUGAUGGUUCUUUGUAAAUUUAUUUUUAAUUUAUAUGCACUUGCAUUACCGAACAUUGGUGGUGUUUUUUGUGUAGUGGGCUCUUGAAAUGAGUCUAUUAUAUUUGGUAAUAUUGUUUUUGUUAAUAUAUAUAUAUAUAUAUAUAUAUAUAUAUAUAUAUAUAUGCUACAUAAAUAUAUCGCACAAUAUACAACUGCCCAGAAAAGUAACGUAAGAUAAACACAAUCCAUUUGUUACAGGGGGUUGUGUAGAUAAGACACAAGAACAUACUGUAGACAUCUGUCAGAUAUAAGAAGCUUUGUGUGUCACUGUUUGGUGCAACAUAAGAAACUUGAUACCACGAGAUAGUACACACUGACACUUCUAACAGCAUUUUGAUUGCAGAUUGCUAAGAAUGGCUCAGAAAUUUUUAUACAAUGUUGGACUUUCAAACUACUCAUAUUGGUCACGAAUGUUGAUAUCUCUGAACACCAGUGUAAAAUGGAUAUGAAUUACAAAAAUGUGAUCUUCUAUAAUUAUUUGUGCUAAUGUGAACUAUUUUUCUGGCCUUGUUAGCAGUUUUGGAAUUCAAAUCGUCAGUAUAACUUUGUUAAUCUAUGUUUAAGAUCUUUUGGUCCAAUUUGUGUCCAAAAGGACUAGUCAAGAGUUAGUAAUAUCUGCAUGAGGGAUGGAUUUUUUUUGUCUAGUAAUCCCACUCUGUUGCAGGUGAAUAUUCAAUGUUUCACACAAUGUAUGGUAUAAUAUUGUAUAUUGUGUUCAAUAAAAUCUAAAGCUACUUUUCUAUGAAGUGAUUAAAAACAAAGCAUGAAUAUAUA